GUGUGCGUCUGUGUGUGUGCUUGGGUCUGCCUGCGUCCGUGCGUGUGUGGGUGGGUGUGUGAGCUCUGCUUGGAGCGCAGCGUACCGGCUGCACAGAAAUGAGCGAAAACAACGGCACCAGCGGCACCACCAUCACAGCCGCCAAUGGACCGCGCGUCGUCACCAUCCACAAGACGGAAACUGGCUUCGGCUUCAACGUGCGCGGACAGGUGUCCGAGGGCGGCCAAUUGCGUUCAAUCAAUGGCGAGCUGUACGCUCCGCUGCAGCACGUCAGCGCUGUGUUGGAGAACGGAGCCGCCGAGAAGGCUGGCAUCAAGAAAGGCGAUCGCAUACUCGAGGUGUAAGUAUAUACCGCCCCUAGU